CUCCCAGUCUGGUACACCUAUCUGGGAUUGCCCCAACACAAGCACAGCACCUUGCACUUGGCUGUGUUGAACCUCACUUGGUUCACGUGGGCCCACUUUUCAAGCCUAUCCAGGUCCCUUUGGAUGGCAUCCCUCUCUUCUGUGGUCAGUAGUCAGAGAUGGGCCAGUCAUGAGCAAAUCUAAAGGAGAGCUUGGUGGUUGUGGUUAUGAGCCUGCCAGGUGGUGCUUGCAUUGUCAAGGUGAUUUGGGGUCAGAAUGUGGAGUUGGUGAAGCUUGAUCCUUGACAUUGGUGCCAGUUGUUGGUGCUGCUACAGUGAGAAGCAGUGUGAUCCAGUCUGAUGUACAACAGUGUCAUCAAGGAAAGAAGUCAAACCUCAUUCAGAUGAAUUUGUCAGGGUUGGUAUGGAUUUGGAAACAGAUUAUAAGAAGUAUGGGAGCAGGAAGAACGCUACCGAGUCUCAUCUGCUUACCCAUGCGGUGUGAGAUUAGUUAUUCUUUCUUUCUCUUUUCAGCCUCUGUGAGUUAACCCUUGUUUCCACUGUGCUCUGAUCUCGACUCUGUGUGUACCAGAGGCGGAGGAGGUGUUCACUAGUGUCCAAGAGGGCCGCGUGGAUCUCUUUGUUUUCAGCCAGCUUUAAGGCCGGUAUUUUUCCUCUUGCAAUCCCAAAGUGCUGUCGCUGCAUACCUUAUGUUGAGAAUUAAGUAUGCUGCAUCUCAAAUGAGAAGCUUUUAGAAUAAAGCCGAUUGAUUAUAUGUCAGGACACUUGCGCUGUGUCUCCUGCAGCGUGGCCUCCUGUGUGUUGCAGUAAUGUUAACGUACUUGUUCUCCAGGCUGGUGUUCUGGCUGGCAGCCUGGCACUGGAACAGCUGCCAUCGUGCUAACAAGCGUGAGCACAGAUGUUUAGGCAAGGUGUGCUUGUGCAUUUGGUGAUCUCUGCUGUGGGCCACUGCAAGGAGUUCUUUGCUGCUGCAGAGCUGCGUAAUGUCCGAAGCAGGCUUUUCUGGGAUGCCCCAGCACUUCUCUGGGGUGUCCAGCUGCACUCCCACGUGCGCUUCCCAUUCUGGGAGGAGUCUGAAUGUUCUGCAGGUUGAUGAGUGUCGGUACAUGGGAGACAGUUAAGUAAAUAUCUCAGCUUUAAGAGCACUCCAGAGUCCUUAAUUCAGUGCAAACACAGGAUAAUGUUGUUGGAUCUCUGUGGGAAGAGCUGACUGACAACAACACAUAACAGCAGCCCUUACUCUGAAGGACUCGACCUGUUGCAUACGUGAAAUUACUCUGAAUAACAGCAGAAAUCAAGUCACUGAGAAAUAUUUCCUUCCUUUGCCACUGGUACAAUUUUCAGCAGUGCUUCUUCGCUGACACGUGUUGCUUACUCCAUAAUUACAUUCAUGUCUCUGAGUAUUUUACAUAAAAGUCCCAGAACCUUUGAGAGAACCGCGCAGUGCCCUGCCAGAAGUGGGGCUGAUGCUCUGCAGCUGGGUCACAGUGGCUUGUCUCUGCUGCUGGGGUAAGUGAUGCGCUGCAGGCCUCAUUCUUCUGACCCAUGCAGAGGAGUGUGUCUUGUGACAGCCAUGUCUCAAGCCGUGCAGACCAACGGGACGCAGCCUUUAAGCAAGACCUGGGAGCUCAGUUUGUAUGAGUUGCAAAGAACACCUCAGGAAGCGAUCACGGAUGGCUUGGAAAUCGUGGUGUCACCCAGGAGCCUGCACAGCGAACUCAUGUGUCCCAUUUGUUUGGACAUGUUAAAAAAUACCAUGACGACAAAAGAGUGUCUGCAUCGUUUCUGUGCUGACUGUAUCAUUACAGCCCUCAGGAGCGGCAACAAAGAAUGUCCCACGUGUCGUAAAAAGCUGGUGUCGAAAAGAUCGCUGCGACCAGAUCCCAAUUUUGAUGCUCUCAUCAGUAAAAUUUAUCCAAGCCGGGAUGAAUAUGAAGCUCAUCAGGAGAGAGUGCUAGCAAGAAUCAGUAAACACAAUAACCAGCAAGCUUUAAGUCACAGCAUUGAGGAAGGACUAAAGAUUCAGGCUAUGAACAGGUUGCAGAGGGGCAAGAAACAACAGAUUGAGAACGGCAGUGGAGCAGAAGAUAACGGUGACAGUUCGCACUGUAGCAAUGCCUCAACACACAGCAAUCAGGAAGCAGGGCCUAGUAACAAGAGGACCAAAACAUCAGAUGAUUCUGGGCUAGAACUGGACAAUAACAACACAGCUGUGGCCAUAGACCCCGUACUGGAUGGUGCCAGUGAAAUAGAAUUAGUCUUCAGGCCUCAUCCUACCCUCAUGGAGAACGAUGACAGUGCACAGACGAGAUACAUCAAGACCUCAGGCAAUGCCACUGUUGAUCACUUGUCCAAGUACCUAGCUGUGAGAUUGGCUCUGGAAGAGCUUCGGAGCAAAGGAGAAUCAAACCAGAUGAAUCUUGACACGGCCAGUGAGAAGCAGUAUACUAUUUACAUAGCUACUGCCAAUGGGCAGUUCACUGUAUUAAAUGGGUCGUUCUCCUUGGAACUGGUCAGUGAGAAGUACUGGAAGGUGAACAAACCCAUGGAACUGUACUAUGCACCAACGAAGGAACAUAAAUAAGCUGUGCUGGACAACUGAGAUGGGACUAACUCUCUUUUUAUAGCUAUGACUUCUUUAAUAUUAAAAGAAGGCACCAUCAUUAUCUUCAUGGACAAUACAUAUGUGAUGCCUUCAGGCUCUCAGUAUACUUAUUAAUAUGAUUAGACAGUAUUCUUGAUUGUAUUUAAUUUAGACUUUUUUUUGUUGUUUUUCUCUAGUGCUUGACAUGCUUUUUUUGUCCCCAGUGUGUGAUAACUGAAUGAGUGUUCCAGUUUGGAAUGUCUUAAUUUUAUCCAGGUAAAUCUGGAUUUCUAAUACAUUUGACACAGUUAUAGUAGCCUCUGUGAAGUAUUGAGCAUUGGAUGGCUAAGUAAGUCUAUUCAAUAGUAACGUAUGCCAAGGAAUGUGUUAAAUGUUGUAAUUUGCUAAUGGUUAUCCAUAUAAAAGAUGGUAGAGAAUUGAUUUCUGAUAGUCUUGCAACUAGAGGAGAUCUCAUUCCCUAGAAAAUACGUAUUAUUCAGUCUUUUUUUUUUUUUUUUUUGAACAAAUACAGCUAUAGUGAGAAAACUGACACUUUAAAAACCUUGCUCCUUACUGAGCUUCAGUGCAAGGUGAUUCCUGAGGUUGGUUUGCUUCAGUCAAAACAAAACCAAAACCAAACAAACCCCAAACCCUUCCCUGUGAAGAAAUCCCAAUCUUGGUCCACACUGCAGUUUCCCAUCCGGCUCCUGUUGCAGUGGUAAUCCUGUCCUCACAAACUUAGUUGAACAAAAUCUUAUGGAAGGUUUACAGCCCUACCCUGUUCCAUAUAAUAACAGAUUUUUGUUGAGAAUGUAUCAGAACUUGCUGUAAAGAAUCGUCUUAAACAUCUUUUGAAAGCAAAUCCCCUAAAUUCCAGUGCACUGACAUAAUGCAAAUGAAAAUAUUUUGCUUUAGAGGAUUCUUGCACCCAGCUGUGAGCUUUACUAGGCUUCAGUUUGAGUAGGGAGGACUUCAACCAUGAGCUGCUCUGAGAUUACUUUUUUUUUUGGCAUAGCUUUAACAAAUGCGGCAUAGCACUUUGGAAGGAAAUUUUAGUACUUGACAAAGUUUACCAUUUAGUGUCUUAAAUUUAGGUUCAAGUUUUAAAACUUGGCAGUAGGCUGUUGCGUGAAGGCCAGUAGCUGCUGUUCAUGUGCAUGUUAAACUUCUCUUCCCUGGCACUGCACGUUGUUGUCAUGUCACGUCAUGGGGGUUGCUUUGCCUUUAGCAUUCUGUCUGAUGGGAAAUGUGUUACGGGAGAUUGCCUGUACUGUAAGACUUCCUGAGGAAGCCUCCACACAUUUGCACCUGAAGCUAGAAGCAAAAGAGUUGCUCUAAUAGAUGAGAAGCAACGUGCUCGACCUUGCCCGGCAUGGCUGCUGCUCACCGCCUGCAGUCAGACUGAAGAUGUGGCGUGUGGUACGUAAGCAUUCAGCUGCUUGGGGACUCUCCUGGGAGGGAAGGACCCUUUUAUUGCUUCAGUCUUUCAAGGCUCACACUUGUAAAUACGUGUCUGUUCUGACUGCUGCUUCAGAUCAGCUUCAUCCCUACGUGAAAGCUACACAGACUUCUCUGAGUAAUUAUUUGCUCUUACUGGAAGCGCAUGUGUCUUCAUGACUGUAGAAUGGAAGUAUUCGGGCCCCAGAAGGCCAGGGGUUAAAUUUAAUUAAAUAACUUUAAUCAUUACCUUCUGCUGAAGUGUUGCGUUGCACAGACUGUUAGUGCACGUCCACUGAAUAUAACACAGAGCGGCUGGGCGUGCUGUGAUUCAAGUGCUUGAAAAUUUGAGGAGGAAGUUCUAGAUUGGUUGCAGCACACCUUCCCAGGGUGCCAGCGAAGGGAACAUCCAGUCCCUUAAGCAGGAGAGCUGUUAGUGAAGCUGAGCGGUCUGUUUAGGAACAAUCUGUCGCUUUGUCCCCGGUUCUUUAGAUCGUGUGGGAGAACGUGAAGCUUUUAUUUUCCUGUUCAUGUUGUAGUGAAUUUACGGAAUAUUUAUGUUCUCUAAAUAUUCUCUAUAAUGUCGUUGUUUGAUUAAACCGUUGAUUGCACUGUGACUCACUAGUGGUAUCAACUAUUUUAUUUUCUAAAUGGCUUUGCUACUCCACCUUGUUAAGCCAUGGUGGAUUUUUGUGUUGUUUUUUCUUUUUUUUCCCCCCACGUACGUGACGUGUUAGGUAUGGAUAAGCUCUAGUAUCCAACCACAGUCGUGAUGACAUUCCUCUUACAAACUAACAAUAAAAGCCAAAAUGUUAUGAACGAA